UAUAAGUUUCAAUAUUGUUUCUCUCGUCCUCUUCCAGUUCAUGAUCGCAGGAGAAAGUCGAACCAAAAACAGAAAAACCAAUUUCUUGACAGCCGUUUAGCAGCACCACCAUUCAUCAUCUGUGAUGCCGAAAGAUCGUAAAAAGACCGAGCCCUCAUCUUCUUCACAUGGUGUGCGGUUCUCCCCUUACACUUCCAACUCAAAGAAUCGUGAAAAUUGCAAGAAAGACGGGACGGAAGGCUGUGACGAAAAGGGUCGGUGGCGAGAAGAAAGAUGUACGAUCUGCAUGGAACAUCCUCACAAUGCUGUUUUAUUGAUUUGUUCGUCGCAUGAAAGAGGUUGUCGGCCUUACAUGUGUAGAACAAGCCGCCGCCUUUCAAAUUGUCUUGAUCGAUUCUGUAAGUUGAAUUCAGUGAGGCCAUCAAAAUCAACCGGUAGCGAUCAGCAGCCAAACAAGUUCGUUCGCUGUGGAGGAAAAGGGAGCCCUGAUGAUGAUGAACUGCUCUGCCCUCUUUGUAGGGGGCAAAUUCAUGGAUGGAUUGUCACGGCAUCUGCCCGCAGAUUUAUGAACGCAUUAGCACGAAGUUGUCCUUUGGAAACAUGCGAUUUCUCAGGAAGUUAUGCUCAAUUAGUGAAACAUGCCCGGCUUGCACAUCCAGAGGCUAGGCCGUCCGAGGCUGAUAAGCAGCGUUUGUCCGAUUGGAAUGAUGCGGAAGACGUUGAGAACGAGUCGGGUGAUCAAGAAGAUUUAGAUGAAACUGAAGAAGUAAAAUUCGAAAGAUUGCGUCCAGGUGAUGAUUUCUUCAAUCAUAUUCAUUUUGGGGAUGAAAACGAUACGAUUCUUGAUGAACAUUACUGCAUUGAGAAUGGUAUUUUCAAGUAUUUCAGAACGACCACUUCGGGGAAAUCCUAUGAGUUUGCAAUGGUACUGGAGUAGAUUGAAGAUUGUAAUUUCGGACUCAGUUGUCUUUACUUGGAGAAGAAAUUUGCGCCAAGAAGAGAUUGUUUAGA